AUGGUCCUUCAGGAUUAUGAAAUUCUUGAAGAAUUAGGAUCCGGAUCUUAUGGAAAGGUCUAUAAGGUUCGGAAUCGAAUAACGGGAGAAAUUUGUGUUGAAAAAGUAGUAAACUUGGAUGGCGUUGAUGAGAGAGACAAAGAGGAGGCUUUGAAUGAGGCUCGGCUGAUGAGUCAAUGCGAACAUUUCAAUAUCAUCAAAUAUUUAGACUCUUUUAUUGAGAAUAAUUUUCUUUGUAUUAUUAUGGAAUAUGCAUCUGGAGGAGAUCUCACGCAAAAGAUCAAGCAACAGCAAGGAAAACCAUUUAAGGAGGACUUGUUGUGGAAUUUUCUCAUUCAAAUUUCACAAGGUUUGAAGUAUUUGCAUGACAAGAGAAUUUUACAUCGUGAUAUUAAACCACAGAAUAUAUUCCUUGACGCAGAAGAUAAUGUGAAAAUCGGGGAUAUGGGACUCGGAAGAAUACUCGGUCCUCAAUCCUCUUUUGCUUCGACUAAUGUGGGAACUCCACUCUACCAAAGCCCAGAAUUAUGUCAAGAAAGGCCAUACAACCACAAGAGUGACGUUUGGGCUUUCGGUUGUCUCAUGUAUGAGCUGGCAUCCUUCUCUCCACCUUUUCUAGCAACGAAUCAAAUUGCACUUGCCAAGAAAAUUGUGAGUGAAACACCAAGACCUCUUUCUAAACAAUAUUCAAUGGAGCUCCAAUUUCUAAUUUUCAAAAUGUUAGAAAAAGACCCAAACAAACGACCAGAUAUUAAUCAUAUCCUCAACUAUUCCGCUGUAAAAUUAAGAAUUCAAAAAGCAAAACUGCGUCACAAGGAACUAAAACUGAAAGAACAAUUUUUACUUCUUGAAAAACAAAUAAGGACUGAAUAUGAAAUGAAAAUUCAAGCACUUGAGAAAAAACUAAGGGACUACGAAGAAAAGGAAGCGUCUCAACAGAAAGAAAGAAACGAUUUGAGCGAAAGAUCGUUCGAACUGAACAAGAAAGAACAAGACCUUCGAGAUUUGGAAGAACGACUAUUGAAAAAACAAAAUCAAUUGAAUGAGCUUAUCAAAAAUGGUCACGUCAUUAUCACUCCCUCGCUUUCAAUUCCUCCCACUACACAGACGUCACCAAGAUCCAACAACAUCAAUUCCACAACAACAACACCAACUCCCUCAAAUUUGGUGACUCAACCCUCCACUCCCAUUCCCUCAGUAUCACCGUUUUCUUCGCCUUCGAAGGACAUUGCAAGAGAUCCCUCAACGACAACACCUCAGAAAAAACUAGACAGCAAAUAUUACAAAACAGAAACUACAAAGGUGGUGCAAGAAAAGUUUUAUAAUCUCUACAACAUGUUUCACAAUGAUCCGCAUAGACCAAAUUCUCAAAUACAACAACAACAACAUUUUGGUCAUCUAGGACAGCUUCCUCCCUCACAUAACCUUCCAUCGAUGAUGAUGGGAAAUAGACCCAAAUCAGCUCCCUCGACACCCAUUAAAAAACAAACGGCGUCACCUGAAUUAAUAUUAGUGAAUGCUCAAACACCAAGUCCUAAACAUCUCUCUCAACAUGCUCAUGCCCAGCAAAGUCGACCAAAAAGUACCAAUGCCGUCCUCGAUCACAAUCCACAUGUAAGGAACAAGAAAAAAUCGGUAAUUGUUUCACCUAAUUUUAUGAUGUCACCUCAAGCUGGUGUGUCGUUGAACAAUACAGCCUCCAUACAACUCGAUUCUCAAAUGGUGGGUAAACUCAUGGGUAAGAUCUUAAUGAAGAAGCAAAGCAUAAAAGAGACUCCACUGGGAAAUAAGGGAAGAAAACAACCUAACAUUCUCAAGGAAGAGACGUUUGAUCGAGUGAAAAAACAACUCAUGUUCGAUGAUGAGACGACCAUUCUACCAAAGAAAAUUUCACCUCCUCGCCCUGCAGUUCAAGCGAACCUUAACACUCCUAACGUCAACAUCAAUAAUUUCAUUGAUUCAACGCCACGUCUUGACAUUGCAGAACCCAAGAUUGAAAUUGAAGAAAGGAUAUUUGACUAUGAUGACGAUACACUUGACAACGAUAUGGAAGGUAGAGAGGACAUGAUGGACCUGCUUGUUUUGAGAAAAAAGAUGAAGAGUGAAGAGACUGCUUGA